AAUUUGCGUUAUCGUUAUACAAGGAAAAGGACAAGUUUUGGAUUUAUAAAGAUUGUUUUGCUGAGAGGGCAACGCUAUUUGUCGUUUAUUUUUAAAAGUUCAAGGGGAGAGUAUAUUGGAGUAAUCAUAUGGUCAGUCGGUUGUCGCGCGGACGGUCUGAUGCGUUACGUUAGUGGGGCGAACUACUUACACACUUUACGAGUAUUUGUUCUGGAAUAAGAGAACGACGAACAUGUCUAAAGGCCGGUUAACAGAGGAGAAUAUGGACGAUAUAGAAAAGAUGAUAGGAGAGGGCCGGAAACGCUUCACCUUGCUCUAUAGCAUCGCCCGGGACGCUUGUGAUUCCGACAUAUUCCAUCAGAGAUGUGACAACAAGGGUCCUACUGUGACCAUGCUGUAUAACCCCAAGGGCUCAGUGUUUGGUUUCUAUACAGGCAUAGACUGGAAAAGCGAGGGGGGCUGGGAAAAAGACACAAAAAACUUCCUUAUUCAACUAAGCUACUUUGGAAACAAGAGGUACACUAAAUGUCUCACAAAAAAUUCUAGUGCUGUGAUUUUUGGGAACAAAAGAUAUGGACCAUGGUCUGAAGCAAUCAAUUGCUUCAGUGGGAAAACGCUGGCACCUUGCAACGGUGUUUUUACCCUUAAUGGGAACAUGGAUAGCUUCACAUCAGAUUCCUAUGACACCUGUGGCCUUUCCCCGAGUGACGUGAACAACGGGAGCAUGGAGGUUAUAGACCUGGAGGUCUAUAGUGUUGCAGAUGGAAAACGGUCCCCGAAACACGACAUAGAAUGUCCGUGGCGUACACAACCACAGUGGAACCCGGAGUACGUGUCGCAGCUGUCGGAGGAGCUAUCAGCCAUCGAAAUCACAACAAAGCCUCGAUUGUUGUUGCUGGGAACAAUAGGGGCCGGCAAGUCCAGCUUUGUGAACACGGUCGCCUCCGCACUCGCGGGCCGCAUGGUCCACCUUGCCAGCUGUGGGACGGAUAGACACGCCGCCACAAGCACGUACUCUCCUUACCGUUUGCGUUCAACAACAGGAUCGUAUCUCGACUUAAAACUCUGCGACACCCCGGGUUUGGAGCGGUCUCAAGGAAUAGACAUCCACGAGCUACACUUUCUCCUUGAUGGAAACGUACCUGAAAACUAUGACUUUAACCCUACACAGUCCCUUUCACUGAAGUCCCCGGAUUUCGUGUUUAACCCGAAAGCUGGCGAUCUUGUCCAUUGUGUUGCGAUAGUUGUUGAUGCCACAGCCGUAGAUGAUAUGUCUGGAGAAACGCAAGAACAACUGAACAACUUCAAGCAUGUCAUCUUUAAAAAACGCAUUCCCUUGGCGGUUUUGCUGACAAAGGUCGACGAGGUCAGCAAUAAUGUCCAGAAGAAGCUUGAUGACAUAUUCAUGAGCACAGACGUUGCAAAACUGGUGAACAAGACGGCCAAACUAUUGGGGGUUCCCCGAAACGUUGUAUUUCCGAUCAAGAAUUAUGAACACGAAAUGGAACCGGUAGAUUCCGUGAACUCUUUGGCGUUAUUUGCGCUCAAAAGAAUGGUUGAGAUGGCGACUGAUCAACUUGCCAAAUCACACUUUGCUGAAGGAGCGGAGAGAAGCGGGGAUAUUGAUCCAAAAGCAACAAACAUGUCAGACACGGCGUAAGACAAACGGGGCAAUGAACUGUGUUGAUUUAAAGCUGAUGAACUUUUGCGUUCUUUUAUAAUUUUGGAGUGUCAGAAUAUUUUUACUGAAAUAACGUUUUUUUAUGUACAAGCUGUAAAAUAUCACCGGUGUUGUCAGACAACGCAACUUUUACUUCUCGUCUCGAACAUUUUCACAUUCGAACUUCUCCAUUCAGACGAAAUUAUUUACCACUGCUAGAUGAUAGAGACGGGGCAAGAAAACAGUAAUUUUGUUAUUAUAUAAUUUAUAUUAUAUCGAAUACUAAUAACUUUUUAAGAAACUGUUAUAGAGAUAGUGUAAGCCGUUUUCGAUUAUUUAAGUAAUUUGUUUUUGCUUUUUCUACUUUUUUCUGCAUUGCAUGUUUUUGCGCUUUAUUAAAUAAACUUUGAAAGGUGAA